AUGAUAAAUGAGGGAAAUAUAAAAAACGAAAUGGAACAGUUUUGUAAAUUUUUUCACCAGGACAAUAACAACUCUUUUUUGUGUAAUGAUUAUUGUGAAUAUAUGAACAACUUCUUUGCGAGUGAGGAUCAAAUGUAUUUUGGUGCAAAAUACCACUUUGACUCAUUCGAUAAGUUUACAAAUUUUCCUGUACAUACCCCAAUUUGUAAAUUAUCAAAUUUUAAAAAAAUUAAAAGGGAAUAUUUUGCCAAAGGAAAGAAAAACCGAUAUUGGAAAAAUCCUCUUUUUAAAAGAAUUAUAAAAAAUCAUCUAGACUACAUUGAGAAGUACGUAUGUAAGUUGGGGACUCGACCCAGUGCGCAGUUCGCUAAGUUUCGGGAAAGAGGUAGAAGAGGCAAAAAUGGCUUUCCCAGUAAUUCCAAAAUUGUCCUGCGUAAAUAUUUCAACAUAGGGGUGGAGAAUACGAGGAGAGGAAAAAAUUCCCCAAAGAGAGGAAAUGUUCUUAAUCGAAAGUACAAUGGUGGCCAGAAGCAAUCACUUAGAAAAGUCUCCCCAGAAAAAAAAAUUCUGCACGGGGAUCCCCAAAUGUCAAUUGACGAAAAAGGGAAAUUCUUAAAAAGGAUAAACCUACAUUUCAUCCAUAGUGAGAGAAGCGGCAUAGACAUUCUAUUUUCUCCAGAUGAUGCAAAAGGGCUCAGCAGACUUUUUCUUCUGCGAAAAAGACAAACUGACCAUUUGGAAGAGGAGAGAGAUGACAAAUCAACAAAGUCGGAAGAUAUUUAUAGGAAUGCACAAUUUGUUCCACACGAGAAAAGGGUUCAAAUUUUGUCAUAUGACGAUAUGGAAUUUUACAAACUCAUGAGAAAAAGACUGAGGGAUAAGUGUAAAAAUGAAGUGAGCUUCUCAAGAAUCGGCUGUUCGACCGAUACUUCCUACGCAAAAAAAAAAGUGAUAAAGGUACUCUCCCCAAGGGGAAAGUGUAUAGGGGGGAAAACGGAUGAUAAACAAGAAGGAGAUCAAAUUGAAACCAAAGGAUACAUGUUUCUUUCCCUUGAACAUGUAAAGACAAACCUCGAAAGAAAUAAAGAUACACAAAAUGACAACGACCAACUCUUUGUCAAUUUGGGUAGCGUCAAAUACAAGUGCCUCAAUAAAUAUCACUCACUGUUGGAUUACCAAAAUGAAUUCGCUCAAAGCUUCGGAGAAAACAACAAGAUAGGGAUGACGAAACCAUAUCUCCCUGGCGCAGAAGGGGAGACUACGGAAUGGUGUUUCCCCAUCGAUAGUGAUGUUAGUUUUAGUAAUUUUUUGCAAAAAAACUGUGGAUGGUAUUUUACCGAAGGGAAAACCCCAAAUGGCAUGAACUCAUCCCAAAUGGGUCAUUCUAAUGGGAAGGAAAAUGUGAAUAAAUUUUACAUAACAAGCAGUACCACGUGCACGAGCGCAUCUAAGUCUGAGGCUAACCACAUUGAUGAUGAAAUUUGUAAUGACGAGGGUAAAGACGCUUCUGUCUCAUCGGAGAAAUUCAAAAAUAUAUACGAAGAAGGAAAUAAUAACCACACGAAUGACAUCCAAGAUGUGGGGACACAUUUUUUGGUGAACAACAUGGUACAAGUUCUACCCAUGGGAAAAUCCGAAGAAGGGGGCAUAUGUUACCAAUCCAAGUUGAGUGAAAAAUUUUCAAAGUUGAAUUUUAAGAAUGCACAGGUAGGGGAAGAUAAAUGUAGUGUUUACGAUAACGAACGGCUAUGUUCCGUGGCCUGGGAUAACCAAUGUGGAUGUAGUAGCAACUUAGGUGAUAGGAAUGAAUGUUUUCCCCAUGGAGAAGUUUUAUCACCCUGUGGUGUGCCAUUACAUGAUCCGGAAGGGAGUUAUGCAACCAUAACUAAUUCGCAAUGUAAUUACGGCCCGCUGGGAUCGGUGCUCAAAAAGCCAGAAAAUGAAGAAGAAAACAAAAGGGAGAAUUACCCCCGUGAGGGGAGAUGCACACUGGAAGACAAAAUACCCAGUGACACCUUGGAGCAGGUAAAACACUCAUGUAAAAAUGGAGAAAUAAGAGGAAGAACAAUUCCCAUCAUUUUGGAGACUCCUCAAUUAGAGAACAAACAAAAAUUUGCACUUAAACCGAAAGUCUACUGGAGUAAAAGGAGGCCCUUUUGGGAGGAAAAAAAGAGAAAAGGAAUUCGUAACAGAAGAAAUACAAAUUAUCAUCAAUAUAGAAAGUUCUCACUAAAGAAUGUAGAAGACGAUAAUGCCCAUUCCAAGAAAGACGUUUUAUCCUUUAAAGGGGGGGUCCAUAUCGGAUGUGAAUUUACAAAGGGAAAGAAACAAGUACUUAUGAAUUUCCCCCUGACUACUUAUUCCACAUGUACAUUGAGAAGUACCCCACUUUUGCAUAAAAGGGCGCUCACAAAUGAACCCUUCUUCCCUUUGGAGAGACGCAUAAUACACAGUAGUGGAAAUAUUCAGAAGAAGAGUUACACAAUAUCCUGCAUAAACGAAAUAUCCAUUUUAAGAAAUAGAAAGAAAUUAUCCGUGAAUAUUUUGUCCUUAGAUGAUGGAAAUCAAUAUGACAGAAUGGGGAGUAGAAGUGAACAAUUUUGUGUGGGUUCCAGUAAGAUGCCAUACAUCAGGUUGUCUUCUAACUGUGACCGUGUUAGCGACCCAAGACGAGGAGAACCAGACACAGAGGCAGUGCGGACGAGUCACUCAUAUGAUGUAACCCCUCUUAAGGAUGAUACUCUACUCCUCACCAUUGUUCAAAAAGAAUCCCCAAUGGAAAAUGGAUCAAACGAAAAGUACAGUAAAAAAAAUGAGAACAAGAAAAUGUUGAAGUGUAUUUACACGAAAGGGUUAGUGGACAAAAAAAAGGAGCCAUUUACAAAUACGGAAGGAACAACUUAUUGGGAAAAGGAUUAUGGAAUGAUACCACCAAUGAAUGAUAACUCUUUAUAUGAGAAUCUACUAACUAGAUGUGAAUCCCCCUGUGGAUUCUUUCCAACGAGUAAUGAUUCCAAAGGUGAGGAACUUCCCAUGUGUCACAGAAAAACCAUAACGCAAAACGCAGAUAAAAUGAACAGAGAGUUUAGUUGUAAAUAUGCAGAAGGGGACACAGAGAACAAGGACGAUGCUUCAAAGGUGAAUUAUUUCCACAAGAACGACUUACUCCCUAAGGAAGGAAAAUUAAAAAUUUUAAGUUCUUCCAGUGAUAAUAAGGUGAUAAACCAGAACGUUCCCAGUGGAAAUAUUUUGUCUCAAAAUAAGAGAUCCAUGAAGAAACGAAACAAAUCCGAGAUUAACAGCACCACUGCUAGAAUAGACAACCAACAGAUAAACCAUUCCAAUGAUAUGGAUAGAAGGAACAUAAACUGUGAAUCCGUUUGGGCUAAUCAUCUGAAAGGGGAUUCUUUUACCCACUCAAUAUAUCCAAAUGGACAACCUUCGCAAGCGACUGAACAAAAUUUAUCCAGUACUGAGAAUACACAUUUAAGGAAUCAAUCUACAAAUAGCAAUCUCGAUAUGGGGGGUAAUUACAAUAUAGGAGCCUUAUCGAAGAAUGAAAGGGGGGGAAGAGGAAACAGAGUUACCAUUUCGGUUGGAAAUUUAAAUGAAAAAUUUCAAUUCGGAAAGAUCUGCCAGGAUGAUUCCGCUCCGAGUGAACAGAAAGAAAGUUGUUGCUACCCUGAUGGUAAGUUAGAUUCCUCACGGAAAGAGAAGGACCAACCGAGCACGAGGGAACAGUGCAUCUGUCUAGCCGAUUUGGAUGAAAUAAAUAAGAAGACGCACUGUGUGGAAGGAGGAACUGGGCGGAAGGAAAAGGAGGGAAAUUACAACCAAGUGGAGAGAUUAAAAAUGGGAAGAAAAAAUGACAGUGGUUUUGGUGCUAAAAAAAUCGAAGCGGUUAACAAAAGUGAUUACCAUUUAGAGGGAGAAAUUGACAAGGACAAAUUCUCUAGUAGGACAAAUUUCCCCAUCGACUUUUUCAACAUAAAUGAGAAAAGAGAGACGAAAAAUGUAAUUUCUAAUAUUGGAAAAAAGAAUCUAUCUACCCCUCAGCACAUCCAAAAUUUUGAAUAUCCUUUCGCAAAUGCAAACAACUGUGAAGCAAUUCCUGCAUUGGACCACGUCCAUUGUGAUGGAGAACUGCCGAACAGAUUGAGAAAUGCAUCUCCCGAACAUGAGAAGGAGAAUAUCAAUGAAUCCUUCACGAAGAAAUCGCAAAACGGCUAUCUGAUCGAGUGGUACCCAGGAUUUGACAUCCCGAUAGGAACCUAUGGCAGAGCCAUAUUGAGAAAAGCGCUACACCAAAAAAGAAUGACAGAUGUGAAAAAGUGCGACGAACUUUUAUCAUCCAAUGGCUUGUUCCCUACAUCUAGAUCCACCUUCGGAGACAUGAAAAUAAGGGAUCUUUACAGAGCUGCACAUAUAUUAGGAAUAUGGAAUGUGGCGGAAAAAUAUUGCCUUCUGGCAUGCGAACGGAAUGGGUAUAAAAGGGAAUGGAUUGAUAUGCUGAAAAGGAACGGUGUUAAGAUUACCAUCAAGGCACUUAAAGAAUUGAGAAGCAAAUAUCUACUGACUAGUAAAAAUUUUUCAAUUUCUGGGAAGAAGAAAAAGAAUAAUAAUAAUCAUGCAAAGGAAAGUGACAACCAUGGAAUGGACACAAAUAAAGCAGCUAGGACAGAAUUCGAAAGAUGUGUGGUGCAACCGGGGGGUUCGAUGUUAGAGCCAUCUUCCACCAUCCUCAGAAAAGCUUCUCACAGCCAUAAUUGCUUACAUGAUGAUAAAGCAGGCAGUACAAGAAGAGACUGUUUCCACAAUACGAAAUGUAAAAAGGAAAAUAAAUCAGGCUACCAAAUAGAUGAACGGAAGAGCUACCUGUCCACAGUAGAAUCCAUAAAAACAGAUAAAAAAAGAACCUCCAACCGGCUACAUUGCACAGUCCCAAAGUACAGUUCUCCUGCUAUACACAUGCAUGGAUCUAAUGAAGCGAUCCUGGAUGAAUUAAAGAAAAAUCGGGUUCUUAUUACUAAUGAUGAGGUUUACCCCAGUGGUAGCGAUGGGGUCGGAAAAACAGAUUUCAUAAAUACGCAUAAGGACAGGUUGCCUUCAACCCCUCAGAUGAUUAACACCAAUGUUGUAGAUUAUACACCUACUCCCCACAUGAGCGUGGGCAGUACGAGUACCUCCCUAAGUAAAAUUCAGUUUGGUUACUCAACACAAGAUGUAUUUUCUAACAUGGUAGUAGGACCCGUAAUUGGAACCAUGACGGAUGAUUUUGAAAUGUCAAAUGAGAUUAGCAUGGAGAAUUCCAACCAGAUCCAGAACACCUGCCACUUCUUUGAUGAAAAUAUUCUUCAUGAAAGAAGAGAACUUAUUCAUCCGAAUUGGAACCCCAGUGGCAUGGCAUCACUGCUAAAUAAUGCCCACACUGUAGGAACAACAAUUACGGGUGACAACGAACUUCAUUCCGCAUACAUUCCACUAAUGGGAGAUUUCCCCACUUAUGAAUGUAUGCGGAAUGAGCAUCCUUUAAAUAUGGGAAUACGCAGUGAUCUGUUCCACACGGGAGGCACCUCCGAUUCAUUUCAAUUUUGGAACAACGCACAAAGUGGCACGUACUUCCUUCACGAGUAUAUGUAG